AUGACCCUCACAAACACGACGGCACGCAUCGUGGAUGCAAUGACGGCCGACGUUGCUCCCCGCAAUGCGAACCCGCUCAAGAAUAAGGUCGUCCAUGCCGACAUACGGAUUCAGUCGAUAGAAGACGAGUCCAAGCAGGAUGGCUCUUAUACGCCAGCGGCCGAGCCAAUCGUGCAGCGCAAGUUAGGCCCUGAGGAUGUCGCACAUCAGCAUCAAGCCGCCGAAAUGCAUAUGUGGUGGGACGAGGCUAUAGCCAGGAAUAUGAACCUGCCGGAUGGUUACUCCAAGGUUGCGGUGCUGUUGAUUAAGUGGGCAGAGGAACUGGACGAGCUCAAGACUGCGCAAGAGGCCCAAGAACUCGACACUCUAUUUCGCGACCGCUUUCACUACGAUACCAAGACCAUCGAACUCAACGUUCGAUCGAAACCACAGCAUCAAUUGAACAGCCACGUCAGCGACUUCGUCCGAGAUCACGAUGGGCCCCAUAACCUCCUUAUCAUUUACUAUACUGGGCACGGGGUCUAUAUGGACGACAAGAAGUACCUGGAGCUCGCGGCGACCAUAAACCCUUCGCUAGGGAAGGGAUUUAGCAAAGAUGCUCGCUGCAAUUGGAAUAAGGCGGAAGAGAUAUUGAGGGACGAAGAGGUCGAGGGCGAUGUCCUGACCAUCCUCGACACCUGCUAUUCGAGCAACCUCGUCAAAUCCGGAAAACGCGACACGAGAAAGUUUGAACUGCUAAGCGCAUGCCCUAUCGACCAGACAACCGCAUCCCCAGGCAAAUAUUCUUUUACGCGAGCCCUCAUCGACGCCCUCGAUGAGCUCCUCAAAGACCACAAGGAGAGCCCAUUCUCCACCUUUCGUCUCAACCAGCGCAUUAACCUGGACAUUCGCCGUACAGACACGCCCUCUCAGCUCUGGUCAAGGGUCCACAGCGAGCAGCACAUUCUCCUCGCACCAUUAAAACCUCCAAAGGCAGGUGUUUUACAGAAGUCGACAUACCGGGUUUCACCGAAGGGUUAUCUGACGCUGCGCUUUGGUCUGAGCUAUGCGUCGCUAAACCAGGAGCAAAUCGAGUUCAUGACGAGGACCUUGAGCAAGGCGUUCCACAACAAGGCCAUGGUUGGUUUGAGAAAGAUUGACUGGAUAGAAAUCAAGCCUGCGCCACCCAUCACACAUUUCCAACGUCUCACUCUCGUUAUAUCUGUUAUCACGCAAUGGAAGAGGAUCCUGGGGAGAAGGAGGGAGGAGAGGGAGUCGCAGAAGCAAUCUCAGCAGAGCGUUGACGAGGUCAUUUCCCCGGAAGGAAUAGAAAUCGACUCGGCAAUCUCAUCGCAAAAGCGCCGUCACGCGGGUGGUGAUGAGUUGCCGGAGGCGAAGAGACGCUAUCUGGAAGCAUCACAGCCUCCCUCCCCUCCCGUAUCGAACUCUUCGCGUAUCGGUUACGACCCGUGA